AUGACGACUAUGGAUUUGCGUGUUGGUAACAAGUACCGGAUUGGCCGCAAGAUUGGAAGUGGUAGUUUCGGUGACAUCUACCUUGGCACCAACAUCAUCUCUGGCGAGGAAAUCGCCAUCAAGCUCGAGAGUGUCAAGGCCAAGCACCCCCAGCUCGAGUAUGAGGCUCGUGUCUACAAGUCUCUUGCCGGUGGUGUUGGUAUCCCAUUCGUUCGCUGGUUCGGUACCGAAUGUGAUUACAACGCCAUGGUGAUUGAUCUUCUGGGUCCCAGUUUGGAAGAUCUGUUCAACUUCUGCAACCGCAAAUUCUCGCUGAAAACCGUCCUCCUUCUGGCCGACCAGCUCAUCUCUCGCAUCGAGUACAUUCAUGCCAAAUCCUUCAUUCACCGUGAUAUCAAGCCGGACAACUUCCUGAUGGGUAUCGGUAAGCGUGGAAACCAAGUCAACGUGAUUGAUUUCGGUCUCGCCAAGAAGUACCGGGACCCCAAGACUCACUUCCACAUUCCUUACCGCGAGAACAAGAACCUUACUGGUACUGCCCGUUAUGCCAGUAUCAACACUCACUUGGGUGUGGAGCAGUCUCGCCGUGACGAUAUGGAGUCUUUGGGCUAUGUCAUGCUCUAUUUCUGCCGCGGCACUCUUCCCUGGCAGGGACUGAAGGCGGCUACUAAGAAGCAGAAGUACGACCGUAUCAUGGAGAAGAAGAUGACCACGCCUACCGAGGUUCUCUGCCGUGGAUUCCCCAACGAAUUCUCCAUCUACCUGAACUACACCCGCUCCCUACGUUUCGACGACAAGCCCGACUACUCGUACCUACGCAAGAUCUUCCGUGACCUGUUUGUCCGCGAGUCCUUCCAGUACGACUACGUGUUCGACUGGACUGUUUACAAGUACCAGAAGAACGCCGCCAUGAUCGUGGAUGCCAGCAACAAGAAGGACAAGGAGACCGAGGAACAACAGCGCCGUCAGGUUGCCGGUGCCCCCAUGGGCACCCCCGGCGCUGCCGCCAAGCCCGGUGGUAUCUCGAGCCAGCGCCGCAAGGUCCUCGACCGCAACCUUGACAACACUCCGGACACCAACCGUGCCGUGGGAGGGAGUGAUAGGAUGCUGCGUUCUGCUUCCAAGGUUGCUUCAGGUGCUUAUGGCCCUGUCGGUAGCCGCGCGAAGCGGGACGAUGGGUACGGUGCUCAGUGGUACUAA